UAACGUAUUGGUUGUUAUAAAUUACGUAAUUUACUACUUUUAUCUUUGCUGUGAAUUAAAACAAUUAUAAUUAGUUAUUUGGUUAAACUAUUAGAUGUAAAUUACUACACCGAGAGCAAAAAAUGAGGAAGAAAUUGAUUUGUUGAAAAUUUUAAAUAAUUUUAUUUCUUACCUGAAAAAAUCAAAAUUUUUCUCACAGUAACUUGUUUGUUGAAAUAAAGUUUUUUUGAUUUGAAAAAAAUCAAUUUUAGAAAGUUAACUUGCGGAUUUUCAUCCAACAUUGUUUUUUCCCAAAUCUAGAAAACUUUUUUUUAACAAAAAAGAUACUUUGAGAAAAAUUUGUAUUUCUUCAGCUCAGAAGAAAUAAAAAUGUUUAUUUUUUCAAAAGAAACUAUUCAUGAUUGAAAAGGAAGUUGCACUAAAAGUUUUUAUUGUUAUCUUGAAUAAAUCAAGUCUACGCUAUUGAAUGCCUAUUAGUGAUUUUAUUCGCAGUAAUAUACUCAGGCAGUAAACGACUUAUUGCAAGAUAAAAGUGUUUUAUUACUCUGUUGAUAGCAUUGUUUUAGAUUCAUCAUAGCUAAAAACGAAUAGUGAAAAAAAAAAUUUUUUUAUAGCACUGCGUGUCCUAAAUUCGUAUUUAGGACUCGCUCAACUGUUGACUUAAAUAAACAAUUAUGAAACGAGUAGAGAGGAAUUUUUUAGGCUACGGGCUCAUAUUUACGAUCAAUUCAUACAUUUCUGCAAAAAAAAACGAAAAAAUAUAAUUAAAAACAUUCAAAGCCCCGAAAAAAUACAAAAUAAUAAAUAAUUAAUGAUUAAAAUUACAUCUUUUUGUCGGUUAUGAUUCAGUCUGAAGUAUGCUAAAACUUCUAUUAAUGAUUCUUAAAUAUUUUUUAUUAACGAUUUCGCUCAGUCGUAAACAUUAUUCUGGUAUAAAAUAUUUUCUGAACAUUAUUUAAUUUAACAACAAUCUUAUUCCGUAAUAAAUAUAGACAGUGAUUACAGUGAUUUAGACGAUGAUUAUAAUGAUUUUGUUCCUGACGAGAUAAAAGUAAAGGCGAAGAAUAUAGCUUUACAAUCAAUGCCAACAAAAUCUAGACGAAUGUAUGUGGCAACUUAUAAUGCUUUUAAAGCAUGGCGUAAAGAAAAUGUUAAAUCAAAUUCUUUUGCUGAAGAUGUAAUUGUAGUCUACUUUGAUAAUCUUUCUCAAAAAUAUGCCCCUCCCAGUUUAUGGGCUUUUCAUUCGAUGUUGAAAACUACUAUCAAAGCAUUUGAUGAUGUUGAUAUUGGUAAUUACAAAAAAGUAACGUUUUUUUUUGAAGAAACAAAUGUGUAAAUACGUUGCUAAAAAAUCUGAAGUUUUUACAAAAGAAAAUAUCGAAAAAUUUCUAAAUGAAGCCCCUGAUAAUAAAUAUCUUGCUACAAAGGUUUGUUUAAUAUUUGGAAUUUCUGGUGCUUUAAGAAGAAGUGAAUUCAUGAACAUGAAACUGGAAGAUGUCAAAAAAAUUGAUGAGAACAUUUUAUUUAUUAAAGUUCCGAUAACAAAAAAUAAUCAGCCAAGAUCAUUUACCAUUAAUGGUAUAUAUCACGACUACGCAAAAGAAUAUAUGGAUGCUAGGCCCCAAACCUGUAAAACAGAUAGAUUUUUUUUGAAUUACCAAAAUGGUCCCUGUACUUGUCAGCCCAUAGGAAUUAACAAGUUUGGUUCAAUGCCUAGAACCAUUGCUGAAUUUUUAAAAUUAGAAAAUGCAAAGAAAUACACAGGACAUAGUUUCCGUCGAACAUCUGCCACAUUGUUAGCUGAUGCUGGAGGUGAUAUGACAGUGAUGAAGAGACAUGGUGGUUGGAAGUCAUCAACAGUAGUUGAAGGUUAUAUUGCCGAUUCCGUUAACAACAAAAAACGUACUCAUUCUAUGAUCACCGAUGGAAUUGUUUUGAAUAAAAAAACAAAUACUGUUGGAUCCACUCCUCCAUCUACUAAACCAUCUCCUGUAAUUACAAACAUUACCGUUUUGAAUAAAUCAACCGAUUCAGAUGUUUCGACGAAAAAAAAUUUUACAAAAAUUUCAAAUGUUUUACCAGUAUAAAAUGAAAAAUUAAUUAAAACAGCAGUCUCAAUGUCCAAACCCAAAGAUAAUGUUUCAUCAAACUUUGACUAACCUUGUUCAUCAGCAUCAAAUGAAGUUAAAGUUGAUAUAUUACGCCAUCAAAAAAAAUUUAAAUCUACUUUGCAAGAAAGAAAAAUUCAACUUCUCAAUUCGACGAUUGUGAAACUCCUCAUUCAUUUAUCUGUUCUACAGUAUUUUAUGAUCAAGACUUAGGUUUGUGCGUGAAAAAAUUUGACGAGUCUCAAUGUAUGGUAUUCCAAAACUGACAUUUCACCAUUGAAGUUCAAUCAGAAGAAAGAUAAAUAUUCGUUAAGAUUUUAAUAAUAAAUAGAAAGUGGAAAUUAAAAUUUUUAAGAAAAUUA